CAUUUGUCAAUAUAAGAGAAUUUGUUCUCCUUAAAUUUUAUUUUAUUUGCAUACAAAACUAUGUUUUUUUUCAAAUGAUAAAAGUUUUCAAGUUAUUAGAAUAGACAUUACGGAGUCACAGUGCCGAUGCUGAUGUGCAUCUAAUUAUUUGAACCAUGUUAUCUCGGUUUCAUCAUUUUCAUGGUUCAAAUAUUAUUUUAUUCGAGGACAAUACGGUAGCCUACCGAAAAGCCAGCUUUGCUCAUGGUCUGACUUUUAGUGAAAAACCUCUAUUGCCUGGUGAAAUAUUUUUAAUCGAGAUUGAAAAAACGGAGCGCGGAUGGAGUGGUCAUAUGCGCUUAGGACUCACUUUGCUCGAUCCUCAGACCGCUGCACUCGGUGAUAAAGGUUUACCGCAAUAUGCACUACCCGACCUCGCCAACACAGGUAUGUCCUGGAUUUUUCCCAUAUCAAAGUCACAGAACAGUGUAAUAAGCACCUUUGAACUUGUCAAUCAAAGCGGAAAUCCUGAGAGCAUUAAAUCAAGAGGGCCGGUCCUCGGCGAAGGACUUAGUGUGCGAACUCCUCGGGGAUUUAUCUCCAAAACAAUCCUUAGGCCUCAGAAUUUAACACAGAAAGGCACACCACAAGGCAUUCUGCCAAUGGACGCUGGCAGUCGCAUUGGUGUGAUGUUUGUUCCUUGCCCCAAGACUAGCAGAGAUGAUCCUGAUUUGGCUGAAAUGCAUUUUAUUAUCAAUGGAGAAGAACAGGGCCCCUGCACUAAAGUGAUACCUUAUACAAGGGGUCCACUGCACGCAGUAGUAGAUGUUUAUGGGACCACAAAGCAAGUGAAAAUUAUACAACUUUAUGGAGUAAAAAGUCUUCAAAUAGUGUGUAGAGAUGCCAUCCUACAGUACAUCAAAAUGGGUUCAGUAAAAUCACUGCCAUUGCCCCAGUGUUUAAAAGAAUUUCUACUAUCAUAAUACCAAUUUGUUAAAGUAACAAUGGUUACAUUGUGAUGACAAUAAGGCUGUUAAAUUUUUUUACUAUUCCAUAUGUAUUUUGGUGUUGUUAUUAUUUGGAAAUUUGUAAAUAUAAUUGGAAUAUUUAAAUCUACAGUAACUUCAUCAGUGUUAGUAAGCACCUUUCAGUCAGCUGAGUGUACAGUAAAAGAUGGUUAACUGCUUUAGGCAGGAAUAAUGAUGAAACAUUGUAAAAAAAUAUUAAAAGGUGACCUAUAUAAUAACAAAAUUUCAAUUCAUAAACUCUUUUUGCCAGAAAGGUUGCUGAAAUAAACAAAGUAUAUAAAACUCAACAAUAUUAACUUGACAGUGCUUGCUAUUUGGUUGUACACAAAUUUUACACUUUACUAAAUUGACACCUCUAAAAUACUGUUUGUAAGAAUGACAUCAAUUUUGCUGUCAAUUUAGUUCAGAAUGUACCAGGGAUGACACAUAAAAUUAAUAAAAAUGGUGGACAGUAGUUAAGCUAGAUACCAUUCAUAAAUAUUCAAAACCCUUUUAGAUAAUAUGUUAUACUGUUUCAGAUAUUAUUUUAGAUUAUCAGAUCGUUCCAAAAUUGGAUUAUAAAAUGAAUUGUACAUAUUGUAUUUCUCUAGGAAUAUAGAUAUUUAGUCUAAAGGUUUGUGUACAAUUUAAUUGCACCAAUUAACAUGCACCAUAAAAUUGCACAAUGUUAACAGCUUAAUCAAGCUUAAACAAUUUUGAGACUAAACUAAAUUGACAGUUUUGUAGUAUUCACAUAGUUUUUAAAAGGGAAUGUUAAAAAAUAAUGAUACUCAAUACUUUUAGAGUUGUCAAUUUAGUGUGCAAAUAAUUUUGCAUAAUUGAUACUAUCCAAGACUGCAGUAGAUUAAAUCACUCAUCAACAGAUUGACAUUCAAUGUUUCAAUGCUAAUGAAUGUAUAUUAUGAAAAAAUAACAUACAUAGUAAAUGAUGACCAGCUUCUAAUAAAAAAAAUUAUGAUUUUUUGAUGUUAUAACUAAAGUUGUUUUAUAACAUAAGUAGUUAUAUUAAGAGUUGAGUUAUUGUUAUAACUAUUAAAAUAACAUAAACUUGUAUGGCAUUUUUACAACAACACAUAGAGAAGCAUGCCUUGUUUUAACCAGCAGACAACUAGUGACUAAUUUUAUUAAUAUACCUGUUAUCGCCCAACCGAUUGUCUGAUCGAUUGUCGUAUGUUACGAUUAUCCGAAUUAUUGUUAUUUAAUUAAAAUAUUUAUUUGCCUUUAGAACAUAAUUAACAGGAUAGCACUACUGUCAGACCUGUCAAUUUAGUUUAGCUUAGUUUAGAUAUAUUAUGUACACCAGAAUCAGCACCAUUGUUGGCUGCAGCUUUUUCCUUUUAUCUUGGUAGAAAGGCUUUACAGCUACUUCUGACUCUUUGGCAAGAUCGACUUUUGACUUUUGGACGAUUUGGGACUCCCCUCCUCUCCCCUUCUAGGUAAACGCGAGUUAAGAAACGCUACGGCAUCUCCAUUCCGGGGUAUUGGCACGCUCAAGUUCAAAUCAAACAGUGGAGAGACUUGUGUAGUACGGGUACCUAGCCCCAGAGCUAACCGCCGCCUCCCAGGGGACGCUGGCGAGUUGCAAUUUGCCGCAGUUUUCUUGAAACCCUUCAUUUCAGUCUACGCGUUACCGGAUACUGUUUCUGUGAAAAUCUUAUCUCCUGCUAAAUACACUUCAAAACACGUCACUUACAAUAAAUAUGAAUUAAGAAAAUGUAAUCUGCAUUGCAAAUUCUGUUGUACACCGAUGUACUCAACUAGCAGGUGCAAAAAUAGUUCUAUUUUCGCCACAUAAAACCGUGGAAAGGAUAUAGAUUUAGACCUUCCGAACUUCAUAAUUAUUGUGUAUAACCUGGCGAUUAAAGAAUAGAUUUAGAAUAGGCGAUCUAUGUCGGGCCAUCUGAUUCGCAUGCCUUUUUAUUGUGCGAAAGAGAUAGCACAGCAUCGCCCGCGUUUUAUAAAUCUAUGUUAAUUGAUUGGCUCGCGCAAUAAAGGCGCCAAUUCCCAAAAUGUUAGAGUAUCGUAAAUUCAACCAGUAACAACAAUUGCGUUAAUCUCGGUUAUCACACUGUCACUAUCACGUGUUUUGGUAUUAGGCAAAAUACCUAUUAUUUUUCCUGAAACCAAAAAUUUUUGUGUUUUUUUUAACAGAUAGGAUGAAGAGAUGAAGGAAUGAUUUGUUGAAUUUUAUCAUGUUAUUGUAUAGUGUAAUAUUGUAAUAGGAAUUGAUAAAAAAUUAGAUAAACAAUACGCGAGUGAAAGCUCAAAAGUUUAAUGUAUUUAGAGCCUCUAUAUUGUUUUAAAAAGUGUGAAUUGGUAAUAAACCUAAAUUAGAAAUGUACCAUGAAAUAUGUAUGUGGCAAGUCUGAUGAAUUACAACUUUACAUAUAAUUAUAACAGGUCAUUUGGAAAGGGGAUACUAUAACAAAUGUUACAGUAUGUAUGUAUACAGUUAUUUCUCUAAAAGUUAACCGAGAAUAAGAAAGGUCCUUAAUAAUAUAAAUAAUGUACAUGAAAAAUUUAUGUAAUUUCAAAUUAUUAUAAUUGUAAUAACUUGAAAUAUACAUACAGUCAGCUGUGUUUCAAUUAAAGGUCAGAUGUGGUCACGGACUAGUUACUAAUAAAUCAAUAGGUAGUAAUUAUUCACACGACACGAUGGCAAAUCAGAAUACAGUUGCAACCACCCGUCCUCUUCCCACGGGUGUUGUACGAGGCGACUUAGAGAAUAUAAGGCUGGCAGUUUGGUGUCCUCUGAGAAAUGGUUCCCGUGGCGCCGCGGGCUAAUUACUAUACUAUUGUUCACACGACAAUAGUUUGAAAUCCUCUCGCAUCUGUAGCUCUCCCACCACGCCGCUUGUACCUACACGUAGGCUGAACGCUGAACUAUACGCGGCCUAGUGGCACUUAUGUGAAAGCGGAGAGCGGCGGCGUGGCGAGACCCUGUGCAGUUGCAUAGCACAAAGGAAAUUGGAACAAUUUACUACCAUUACUGCUAUAUCAACCCGUCUGCCCCGCGAGGUGAUUUUUGACAAACCCUUCCGUUGGGAGAGGCUUUUUGUGCAGCAGUGGACUGUUAUAGGCUAUUGAUUAACGAAUUAUGCAGACACGUAAACACGCACAAACAUAGUGUUAAUCGUAUGAAAAUCAUUACUAUUUGUUAGGGUUUUUUUAGGUAAUUUCUAAACAAAAA